AUGCGUUGUAUUGAAGCAUCCAGGGAAUGGAUCAGCAAAAUCAUUCUAACUGUGUCGCAACUCUUUGUCAAAAUAAGUGGAGGUCUGUGGAUCCAAGUCAAGCUUCCGUUGAUGGAAUCGAACGGCCAUUUCGCAAAGAAUCAGUGGAAAACCUGCAAAGUGGCUGAGAAACCUGCAGGUCGUGACCCACUCAUGUUCAGAACCAUCCAGUUGUUUGGCACAGCAAUCUUUUUUGGUAUUUUAGGCUUCUCGGUACAAUGCAAUAAUAUCCCAGUCUCUUCACCUCUGUUUUCAGAGUUUGGUAACAUUUGA